AUGCGAGAAGUCAUUUAUCGAAAAACCGGACUUUUGCUCUUCCCUACCCAAAUAUUUGGAGGAAUAGUUUUGCAUUAUGGUAAUAUUGCCCAAAUGAACACUGGGGAGGGAAAAACUCUCACUGCCUUUUUGCCAAUUUCCAAACCGAUCCUUGACUUUUUCAAAAUUAGUUCAGGAGUUAACUUGACCAACCUUUCCACAGAGGGGAAAAAACAAUUAUAUAAUAAUUGUACCGUUAUAUACACUACUGGUAGCGAGUUAGGGUUUGACUAUUUACGCAAUAAUUUAAUAACUAGUAUUGAGGAGGCAAAAAAACAAGAUUACUAUUAUGCAAUUGCGGAUGAAAUUGAUUCGCUUUUUAUUGAUGAAUGCACUAAUCCUCUCAUUAUUUCUCAACGAUCCCGAGGAGAAAAUGUCAUUAGUCCCGCUGAAUAUCAGUUAGCCACUAAACUAGCCAACUCCUUGAUAGAAAAAAAAGAUUAUAAAAUUGAGCAAAAAGAACAUGAUGUUUGGUUGACCAAAAAAGGAAUUAAAAAAA